UUUUUUGAAGAGUCAACCCGUUCCCCACUCUCCCCUUUUCCUUUCCAAGAUACUACUUUUGAGACUGUGACUGCCGGACGAAAAUAUAUGAGACAUGUCGCAUAUCCCGUGCCCUCCGCCCCCCUUUCGUAUUCCUCUGACAAACCCCGUUAG